AUGCCUCCCAAUGGCGGCAACCCAAAAGAUGAGCGAGUCACUGGAGAAAUGAUCCAUAACUAUCUCCAGCAAUACGCGGAAGAUCAUGAUCUCUUACAUCGAAUUCGCUUCAACACCUUCGUUACCAACGCCUCGCGGGGAGAGGAUGGAUGGCGCCUGGCAUUCAAAGACUCCACAGACGUUGUCAUAACAGAAAAGCUCAUCGUUUGCACCGGAGUCACGUCCAUUCCUUGUAUUCCUGAAUACCCAGGCACCAAAAGUGCGACGAUUCCCAUCAUCCACUCGCGGGAUCUGGGAAGCUCGUACCCCAUGCUGCAGAACCCGUCCUUGGAGCACGUCGCUGUGGUUGGCGCGGCGAAAUCCGCCUACGACGCCGUCUACUUGCUUUUGUCCAUGGGCAAGAAGGUCACUUGGAUCAUCCGGCGGGAGGGUGCGGGUCCGCUGGCGAUAUUGCCAUUCAAGAUUCUGGGAGUGAUGAACUCAAUCGCUGUCGCAUCUACCCGCCUCAUGACAUACUUGACACCGUCUAUCCUCAACACCAAGGGACCCAUCUUCUGGGCGUUCCAGCGGAAUCCUGUAGGGCGUUGUCACGCCCACGCUGGGUAUUCAAACGGUGACCAUGUUGCGAUGCUCAGACCGGAAAUCGAUCGACAGAGUGUUUUCUGGGCUAAUUCCGGCCUGGGUGUCGUCACGCUCCCCGAUUUCUGGCCAACACUGCACAAUCCCAACCUGACCGUGCUCCGAGACGCGAUUGACACGGUCAAGGGAGAUAAUCUCUCGCUGCAGUCCGGCCAGACGCUGAGGACGGACUGUCUCGUGCUGUGCACUGGUUGGGGAGAUCACUUUGGUAUGUUCGAUGAGAAGACAAAGGCAGAACUCGGGCUUCCCCUCUCCUCGCCCGACGAGCCGGCUUCAAAUACUGGUAUCGACUGGAAAGAAUACGACUCCAUGGCCGAGAAACUUGUGGAUCAACAACUGCCAUUCCUUGCCGAUCCGCCAAAGUUGAAAUAUACCCACCGGAUUGGGACCCACCGCUACUGGAGGUUAUAUCGUCGCGCCAUUCCCAUCGAACUUGCGCAGAAAGGGGACCGGUCCAUCGCCAUCCUCGGGCAGAUCCACACUGUACAGACGCCUCUCGUGUCCGAAGUGCAGUCGUUUUGGAGUAUACUGUACCUUCUUGGGGAGCUAGACCUGCCGAGCGUAGACGAGAUGGCCCGGGAAAUCUCGUUGUGGAAUGCUUGGACAAGGAAGAGGUACCUUACGCAAGGACACAAGUUCCCAUACUCUCUGUACGAGUUCCUCCCGUAUGUCGACGUUCUGUUUAAAGACCUGGGAUUGAAUAGCCGUCGGAAGUCAAACAAAGUGGCGGAGCUUUUGGAGCCUUACAAGCCAGAGGAUUUCAAUGGGUUCAUUGAUGAAUACUUGGCAAGAAGGGGUGGCACCGGUUUCAGUUGUGCAAAUUCCCGGGAAGCUUAA